GGGAGAAUGAAAUACAGCUAACUGGGCCGUGCAGCCUCUGCUUGCCAGCAACCAGCCUCCUUUCAGCUCCACAUUACUCCACCUCCGACCUGAAGGAGCAUCUUAAAAUGAUGAGCUUAUGAGUUCAGCAGCAUGGAUCAGUGUGAGGACAGAGGAACCACUCUGAGUGGAGAACAGGACAGAGGAACCACUCUGAGUGGAGAACAGGACAGAGGAACCACUCUGAGUGGAGAACAGGACAGACAGACCAAAGCUCAGAGCCGAGAGCAGCAGCACAGACAUGGACCUGAGUCUGAAGCUGAACCCAGCUGUGUGUCCAUUAAGAGGGACCGGUCCACGAAGCCACCGCUGCGUUUUAAAGCUUCAUCAACAGCAGAGACCAUUCUGAGACUGGACUCUGAUGAAUCUGAACCUGAACCUGAACCCAGCUGUGUGUCCAUGAAGAGUGACCGGUCUAUUGGUCACUUCAUUGAUUUUAAAGAACAACAUCCCUCUGCUGCAAAGAGUCAUAGACCAGCCUCUGCUGAACCUGAACCCAGCUGUGUGUCCAUGAAGAGUGACCGGUCUAAAGGUCACUUCAUUGAUUUUAAAGGACAACGACUCUCUGCUUCAAAGAGAUUUGACCAGGAGAGCUCAGCAGUUCCCAGUGGUCAGUCUGCACAGCAGCAUGAAACACACCUGGAUUCCAUAUUUAAGCUGCUGGAGGACGACAUCAUCACUUUUGUGAAAAACGAGCUGAAGAAGAUCCAGAAGUUUCUGAGUCCAGAUUACCCAGAAUGCUUAGAAAGUCAGAGGGAGGAUGAGGAGGUGUUGGAAGGUGAGGAUGAAGAGCAGAGGAGCAGCAGAGAGGCAUUUCUGAAAAUCACACUGCACUUCAUGAGGAGAAUGAAGCAGGACGAACUGGCUGACUUUCUGCAGUGCGGAAGUCUUGCUGGAGUUCAUAAAAGUAAACUCAAAUCUAAACUAAAUAAGAAGUUCCAGUGUGUGUUUGAGGGGAUUGCUAAAGCAGGAAACCCAACCCUUCUGAAUCAGAUGUUCACAGAGAUCUACAUAACAAAGGGAGGGACUGCAGAGGUCAAUAAUGAACAUGAGGUCAGACAGAUUGAAACAGCAUCCAGGAAACCAGACAGACCAGAAACAACAAUCAGACAAGAAGACAUCUUGAAAACCCCACCUGGAAGAGAGGAACCAAUCAGAACAGUGAUGACAAAGGGAGUGGCUGGCAUCGGGAAAACAGUCUUAACACAGAAGUUCACUCUCGACUGGGCUGAAAACAAAGCCAACCAGGACAUCCAGUUCACAUUUCCAUUCACCUUCAGAGAGCUGAAUGUGCUGAAAGAGAGAAAGUACAGCUUGGUGGAACUUGUUGAUUACUUCUUUAGUGAAACCAAAGAAGCAGGAAUCUGCAGGUUUGAAGAGUUCCCGGUUGUCUUCAUCUUUGACGGUCUGGAUGAGUGUCGACUUCCUUUGGACUUCCUCAACACUGAGAUCCUGACUGAUGUUACAGAGUCCACCUCAGUGGGUGUGCUGCUGACAAACCUCAUCAGGGGGAAUCUGCUUCCCUCUGCUCGCCUCUGGAUAACCACACGACCUGCAGCAGCCAAUCAGAUCCCUCCUGAGUGUGUUGACAUGGUGACAGAAGUCAGAGGGUUCACUGACCCACAGAAGGAGGAGUACUUCAGGAAGAGAUUCAGAGAUAAGAAGCAGGCCAACAGAAUCAUCUCCCACAUCAAGAAAUCACGAAGCCUCCAAAUCAUGUGUCACAUCCCAAUCUUCUGCUGGAUCACUGCUACAGUUCUGGAGGACAUGUUGAAGACCAGAGAGGGAGGAGAGCUGCCCAAGACCCUGACUGAGAUGUACAUUCACUUCCUGGUGGUUCAGUCCAAAGUGAAGAACAUCAAGUAUGAUGGAGGAGCUGAGACAGAUCCACACUGGAGUCCAGACACCACGAAGAUGAUUGAGUCCCUGGGAAAACUGGCGUUUGAGCAGCUGCAGAAAGGCAACCUUAUCUUCUAUGAAUCAGACCUGACAGAGUGUGGCAUCGAUAUCACAGCCGCCUCAGUGUACUCAGGAGUGUUCACACAGAUGUUUAAAGAGGAGAGAGGACUGUACCAGGACAAGGUUUUCUGCUUCGUCCAUUUGAGUGUUCAGGAGUUUCUGGCUGCUCUUCAUGUCCAUCUGACAUUCAUCAACUCUGGAGUCAACCUGCUGUCAGGAGAACAAACAACAAAGGAAUCUGCAGAGACACACUCCUACCAGAGUGCUGUGGACAAGGCCUUACAGAGUCCAAAUGGACACCUGGACUUGUUCCUCCGCUUCCUCCUGGGUCUUUCACUGCAGACCAAUCAGAAUCUCCUACGAGGCCUGCUGACACAGACAGGAAGUAGCUCACAGGCCAAUCAGGAAACAGUUGACUACAUCAAGAAGAAGAUCAGUGAGGUUCUGUCUGCAGAGAGAAGCAUCAAUCUGUUCCACUGUCUGAAUGAACUGAAUGAUCGUUCUCUAGUGGAGCAGAUCCAACGGUCCCUGAGUUCAGGACGUCUCUCCACAGAUAAACUGUCUCCUGCUGACUGGUCAGCUCUGGUCUUCAUCUUACUGUCAUCAGAAGAAGAUCUGGACGUGUUUGACCUGAAGAAAUACUCUGCUUCAGAGGAGGCUCUUCUGAGGCUGCUGCCAGUGGUCAAAGCCUCCAACAAAGCUUUGUAA